UUCGGACCCAUACCUCAUCAGUUUGAAAACGGGCGCCGUUGAUUUUAUAUUUCCUUGUGGGUAAUUCACUCUACUACACCUGCUACAUUAAUAGUUAUAUCUCAAGAUGGUUCGAACUUUACAAGACAAAAAGCUAAAAAAGCCAUUAGUGGUGGCAUCAACCCCCAAGAAAAAGUUAUUGCUUGAGUCUCCUCCAUUUCCAUCACCAGCAGAAGAAACUCCAGAAGCAACACCAACCACUUCUGAAAAACGUAAGAAGUCUACCAGCUUCUAUAAAAAGAAAAGAAGGACUCCUGGAAAAAGGAAGUUGAGGUUUCGGCCUGGAACAGUUGCUCUUAGGGAAAUUCGCCAUUUCCAGAGAGGAACAAAUCUUCUGAUUCCCAAGCUUCCGUUUUCUCGCUUGGUCCGUGAAAUUCUGGUUGGGUUUAGGAAAGACUUUCGGGUGCAGUCACUAGCACUGAUGGCUCUACAAGAAGCAGCUGAAUGUUACAUUGUUGGCCUCUUAGAAAUGGCAAACCUUUGCUCAAUACAUGCAAAGCGUGUUACCAUUUAUCCUCAAGAUUUAAAGCUGGUUCGCCGUAUUCGAGGUUUAAACUAAAAAGAGAGUUGUUGUGCUAACUUCCCUGUAUUGUUCGUGAAGAGUUCACCCUCAGCAUUAUGUUUUUAAAGGCAUUAUCAAAAGUUUAUACAUUUAAUGAAAGCAUAGAGAUUGGCCAUGAAGUAUGAUUGUGUGAAACUUAACUCAGUGAAAGGUUGCCAAAUUCUGGUGUAAAACAUAAAAUGAAAAGAAUGAUAUUCUUCAAUCAAAAUUACUAUUACUGUAUAAGAAAAUUAUUUAUACAGUACAGUACUGUAGGUGAAAAAGAAGUUUAGAGGAACAGGCAAAUGACAAAGAAUUUCUGUUCAGAGGAUGCUCUGGGCUGAGCUAGUUAUGUAGGCAGAAGAAGGAACCCGACCCCUCAAAGGAUGAAGACAGCUUUCUCUUGCAUAUACAAGAAAUGAAACUAAUCAGUGUACAACCUCUCUAAGAGAUUUUUAAUAUUAAGUUUUAUUGUUUUAUCACUUACUGUGAUAAAUUACAAUUUUAAUAAUUAUAAAAGAUUUUUAUUUUAGAAUUUUAGUUUGUGUGCAGAAAUGCAUUGAGGAUAAGAAUAAGGUACCAAACAUACUGUAUGUGUCAAAAGUGAACUAAACAGACACUGAUAGAUUUACAUACAAUAGACAUUUAAUUACAGCAUACGUAGUGUAUUAUUUUUUAGUAGGAUUUCCUUGAAAGUGAUUUAACAAUUUUGUUUUUUGUUUUUUUCAUACUUCUAUAAUUUCUUGUCUGCUGUGUAUAUAGUAGCAGUGCUGUAAAGGUUAUACAGUAUAACUCACAUCUAUAAAUAAUUAUCUUAUAAGUUAUAAUACUAGAAGUACAAAUUUUGCAUUUUCAAUAAACAUUAUAAUGA